ACAGAAACACACACACACACACACACAGAAACACACACAGAAACACACACACACACACAGAAACACACAUACACACAACUGGUAUUUGCUGGACGUUCAGAGUUCAUCUCAGUCCAGAACCAGUGGAGGUUCUGUUCACCUGGAACCAUCCAGGCCUCACUGGUUUGGACCUUCAGAACCGCUCACGCUGGUUUGUCUACUGUGAUACCAGAAGCCGUUCAGAACCAGGACCUGGGUCGGGUUGCUGUGGAGGAGCAGAACCUGGAGAUGCAGAGCUGCGCCUCCAAGCUGGCCGCCAUCAGGGAGGUUCUGCUGCGGAGAACCAUGAAGGUGGCCUUCUUCGGCAGAACCAGCAACGGGAAGAGUACGGUGAUCAACGCCAUGCUGCGGGAGCGGGUUCUGCCCAGCGGCAUCGGCCACACCACCAACUGUUUCCUGAGUGUGGAGGGGACGGACGCCGCCGAGCCCUACCUCACCACCGAGGCGUCUGCCGAGCGCCGCGCCGUCUCUACGGUCAACCAGCUGGCCCACGCGCUGCACAUGGACCCGGCGCUGGACUCGGGCAGCCUGGUCCGAGUGUUCUGGCCCAAGAACCGCUGCGCCCUGCUGAGGGACGACCUGGUUCUGAUGGACAGGUGAGGCCAUCAGAACCAUCAGAACAGGUUCUGGUUCUGUCGUUUCUAAAUGAUUCAGGAGAACCUCAGGGUUCCAACUCAACCCCUGGGGGGCAGACCUACGGGGGAAUUUUCCUGCCAUAAUCCAAGAGCGUGCAUUUCCAGUCUGA